AUAAAGCUGUGAUUCCAGUCCAAAACGGUUCUACGGCGGCAUUUUCUCUCAUUCUCCCGCCACAGUCACCGCUGCUUCUCAUCUCCGAUCCUCCGCGUAACGACGGCAAGUUCUUCAUCUCUGCCGUGCUAAGGUGAAUGUGAAACAGUUUACUGAUCGACUCGUUUUCUCCACUCACAUUUGCCGCUUUUCUCCUGAAUUCUGUCCAUUUCAUAAUAUUAUACACACAGAUGUAACAGUACAUUUCUUCUCUCUAUUCUCUAUGGACCAAUUGAAGUUUCAAAUAGAUGAAAUACUAAAUAAACUAAAAGAAAGAAGUACCGGUCAAUCUGACCUUUUCGAAAUGAUCAGUAAAUUGGAGCAAGCAAAAUCUUGUUUGCUUGUUGAAGCUAUGGUGGCUGGUAAGGUGGCUCUGCAGGUGGCUGGUGGGGUGGCUGAUGACCAGCAGGUGGCUGGUGGGGUGGCUCUGCAGGUGGCUGGUGGGAUGGCUGAUGUUCUGCAGAUGGCUGGUGGGAUGGCUGAUGUUCUGCAGGUGGCUGGUGGGAUGGCUGAUGACCAGCAGAUGGCUGGUGGGAUGGCUGAUGUUCUGCAGGUGGCUGGUGGGAUGGCUGAUGACCAGCAGAUGGCUGGUGGGAUGGCUGAUGUUCUGCAGGUGGCUGGUGGGAUGGCUGAUGACCAGCAGAUGGCUGGUGGGAUGGCUGAUGUUUUGCAGGUGGCUGGUGGGAUGGCUGAUGUUCUGCAGGUGGCUGGUGGGAUGGCUGAUGUUCUGCAGGUGGCUGGUGGGAUGGCUGAUGUUUUGCAGGUGGCUGGUGGGAUGGCUGAUGACCAGCAGGUGGCUGGUGGGAUGGCUGAUGACCAGCAGGUGGCUGGUGGGAUGGCUGAUGUUCUGCAGGUGGCUGGUUGGGUGGAUAAUGAUUUAAGAUGGAUGUAUUCAUGGGAUUUGUGUGAUGAUGAGACAUUUGUUUGGAUGAGCCCUGCCCCCAUCCCUUGGUUUACCAAAGAUCUGGUUAAAGACAUUGAACGUGAUUCUCUAGAUAUCAAUCUUACUCUAGGUACCAUCUUACUGAAUGCGAGUCCGCCUACGUGCUUCUUAAAGUCGCCAAAAUUCUCUUCGGUAGGCAUGCCAGUCACUUUGACAAGUUCAAAGUUAACUGACAUUGUCACCUGUCCAGCGGUGCUUAUGAUUGCUGGGGAAGGAACCAGAUAUUCCAUACAUUGGCCAGUAUUAGGGCACAAGUUUGUACGUCAUUCUACGAUUCGUUUGUGGUAUCAGUGGAAAUCAUUUCCAUUUGGCUGGAAGCACAAGCUUUUUAUUACCAUUGAGUCAGAGUCUGCAGAAGCAGGUCCUUCUAAUCAAACCACUGGGAGAAAGAGAAGUAAUAUGCAGUAAUUGAGAAUGAAAUUGGGAUCUUGUCCUUCUAAUCAAACCACUGGGAGAAAGAGAAGUAAUAUGCAGUAAUUGAGAAUGAAAUUGGGAUCUUCUUAUUAUCCUCUUGUGGGAAGACUGAUAUACCCUGAUGGGGUUUAUAAUAGUAAAACAAAUGACUGUCAAUUUUAGUUUGAUAUGUAAUGGUUAAAACACUUAUGACUUACCAUUACAAUCUCAUGUUCAAUUUCACAAAAAAUUUAGAAACUA